UUUAAGGUGCUUUACAAAGACGGUGAUUAAUUUGAUGGUUAACUCCUAAAUUUUAAUUUACGAUUUAGCCGGGCGGUUGGGACUUGGGCGCCAAGCAUAAGUAUAACGGAUCCAGGCGCGUAGGGAAUUGUCCAUAAAUUACAGAGCUGAUAUUUGAUUUGAGAGAAAAGAAAAGGGAGAAUUUAAAAAAAUGGCGGGAACAUUAGCAGUGACAUCAACAAACUCACUGAGAGACGAGUGGGAGAUUUGCUUCGCACGCUUCAUCCCUUUUCCUCUUUUUAUCACUUCUUCAUCUUCCUCCUCCGAUCUUCUCCCUCUCCCUCCUCGUCUCCGUAACCGUCCUCCACGUGGCACAUGGAUCUCCUCUUCCUCUUCCUCCGCCUUCCUCCGCUUCUCCCCUGAUCUAUCCCUCUCAGAUGUCAUCCUCACCGUCUCCUUCAACGCCAAACUCCUUGAAGAACAUUACGUUUCGAAGCUGAAUUUUUCGUGGCCUCAAGUAUCGUGCGAUCCUGGAUUUCCUGCCAGGGGUAUCAAAACAGUCCUAGUGAGCUACAGAGAUUCCCGAGGCGAGAUUCAAAAGUUUGCUAUGCGAUUUCCAUCAAUCUAUGAAACACAAUCAUUCAUUAGUGCUUUGAAGGAGAUCCUGAAAGAUGACAAGGGCCCGGAACCUUUAAAUAUUGACUUUGGUUCAGAAAUUUCGUCUCAGUCAGAGUUUAUGUCAACAAACAAGCACUCUUACAGAGCUUCUGAGGAACCGAGUUUUAUGACUCCGGGGGACACUUACUUUCCACAAAUGCCAGUAUGUAUAAAUAAUGAAGGCGAGCAACCUUCAGGAAUCCUAAAAAAGGAAACAACUCCUUGUCACAACUUUGAAGGCAUCCUUGAAGCCUUGCCACCCAGUUUUGCCACAUUCCUGAUGGAUUGCUCUGGCGUCAACCAUGCUCAACCAACUGUUACCGAGGAGAUUGAUCUCAAGUCCCAAAUUGUGAGAUACAUGGAAGAUUCGUCCUUCCAAGAUAUGUUGGUUAAGGUGGAGAAAGUUAUCGGUGAAAUUGGUGGUGAUAUGUCUCUCUCGUAGUCCACGGCUUUGAAAAUGACACAACCAGCAGCUUAGCAUCUCUUCGUGCUUACUGAACCAUGGUGACCUUAAACCACGUUCUGUCCAAAUUUUGAGCGGCUUUCUAUUGAUUCUUCCAUUUCUCUCUUAAUAACACACGGUUUAAUCCA